CUUUGGUCAGUUGCACCUUCUGGGUCACCGGUGGCCGCGGGAGCCGGGAGCAACCUCGGCAAUGAUCCGGCAUUGAGGACCUGGGGUCCUUUUCUGUCUCAGGCCUUUUGCCCUAAACCUCAUGAAGAAAUGAUAGGAGGCAGACCUAUGUUCCUAAGAAAAGCACUGAGCUCAGAGAGCAGCACAGAGUUUUGGAGGUGUGCUUUAUCUUUGAAAUUGUCAAGAGAAGUUGGAUAUCAGAAUUUUUAAGUGAAGUCUUCCUGUUUUCAAAUUAAAGUUAUAAAAUAACAUGGUGUUCCAUCAGAUUCAGGAGCUUGAACAUCCCUUAUUGCUCAAAGUAAUUAAAAUUAAUAGCUGAAGACAUUGUAUGUAUGUACUGGUGAAACUCAUGCUGGAAAGUGUGAUUCUAUUUCAUUAAAAGUAUGCAAUCUUAGUGGGGAUUCCUAUAAAUCAAUGGCAGAAUCGUCCAGUGAGUCAGACCACUUGCGCUAUGGCGACCGAUUCAGUCGCUGGGCUCCCAGAUCAGGUCACAGGGAAACUGGAAGCCGUCCUGCGGUAGGAGUCACUGAGAAGGUCAACACCAUAACAAGUACUUUACAGGACACCAGUCGGAACCUGCGACAAGUGGACCAGAUGCUUGGACAAUACCGAGAGUAUAGUAAUGGACAGGCGGGUGCUAUAGAACACUUAAAAGAAAGCUUGGAACAAUCAAUAGACCAACUUCGAAGUCAACGUUUAUUGAGAAACUCAGGUGGGAGAAGUCUUUCUGUUACAAGUCUGAGUGCAAGUGACCUUGAUGGUGGCCCUGUGGCAGAGAGCCAUCGUUUUCCACCUACAUCACCUCUCAAGGACUAUGGAGAGCCACAGGGUACUAAACGUGAUAGAUCCAGAUCUGGUGUGCGAUUUGUUCGGGAUACUGAUGAUGUGGUCCAGCUUCAUGCUUUUCAUCAGUCCCUGCGAGACCUCAGCAGUGAACAAGUUCGACUCGGAGAUGAUUUCAACAGGGAACUUUCCAGAAGAAGCCGGUCCGAUGCUGAAACAAAAAAGGUUUUGGAAGAAUUGACUGAAAAACUUAAUGAAGUACAGAAACAAGAAGCGAUCUCAGAUCGGGUAGAGCAGCGGCUCCAGGAGAUAGAAAGAGAGAUGCGCACGGAGCGGGAGCUGGUGGAGAGGCGCCAGGACCAGCUGGGGCUUAUGUCCUUGCAGCUACAGGAGGCUCUGAAGAAACAAGAAGCUAAAGCAGAUGAGAAUGAGGGAGCAAUGAAAAAUAAGUUAAGGCAAACUGAGACUGAGAAGAAUCAACUUGAACAAGAGUUGGAGCUAUCUAGAAGGUUAUUGAGUGAAUCAGAAGGCAACAGAGAAACACUUUUACAACAGAUAGAAGAGCUACGAGCACAACUUUACAAAGCAGAGGGCGAUCGAAAGGGUUUACAGCAAGUAUUUCCGAUUUCCAAGCAACAGUCAAACCAUCAGGAUGAACAAGGAAUUGACUGGGGGUUUAGGAGAGGGAUCGAGCGGGAAAAACAGGAUCUGGAGAAGAAGAUAUCAGGUCUGAGAGUGCACCUGGACUUCAAUGCAAUGGCGUCUGAGUUAGAGGAAGUGAAGCGGUGCAUGGAGCACAAGGACAAGGAGAAAGCAAAGUUGGCAGCACAAGUGGAGAAUUUAACACAAGAACUGGAGAACAAGGAAAAACAGCAGCUGCAGAUGUUGAAUCAACUUAAGGAGAUCCAGAAUCACUUUGACACGUGUGAGGGCGAGCGCAAGCGCGCUGACCUUCAGAUUGCAGAGCUGACUCACCAUGCCGAGGACGCCACCAGGCAGGCCGAGCAGUACCUCAGUGAGUUGCAGCAGUCAGAGGCCCAGCGGGAGGAGCUGGAGAAGCGGAGACAAGACCUGAAAGUGAAAGCUCAAGAAUCCAUUAAGCAGUGGAAGCUUAAGUAUAAGAAAUUAGAGCGCGCGAUGGAGAAACAGUCUGAAGCUCUUGAUCAACUGACAGACAAGAAUAAUCAGGUUUUAAAAGAAAAGGAUGAAUUGAAAAGUCAACUGUUUGCAACAUUACAGCAAAUGGAGAGUCUUCGAAAGGAAUUGAACGAUGUUCUAACCAAGCGUGCCCUUCAAGAGGAGGAGCUUCACUUAAAGGAGGAGAAACUCAGUAAUAUUAAGUCUCAACAAGCUGACCUUGAACAUGAAGUCAAGAAUUCCCUGGAUACCAUUCAGAGACUAGAAAAUGAAUUGAAAAAACAGAGUACAAUUCAAAGCCAGAUGAAAACUGAGAAAGUUCACCUAGAGGAAGAAAUUGCAGAACUCAAGAAAAGCCAGGCCAUGGACAAAGCUAAACUUCUUGAGAUGCAGGAGUCCAUCAAGGACUUGAGUGCCAUCCGAGCAGAUCUUGCUAAUAAAUUGGCUGAGGAAGAGAGAGCCAAGAAAGCGGUGCUUAAGGAACUGUCUGACCUCACGACACAGGUGAAAUCCAGGGAUGAGGAAACAGCUACAGUCAUCACACAGUUAAAGUUAGAACGAGAUGUUCACCAGAGGGAGCUGAAAGAUCUCACAGCAUCAUUGCAGAGUGUGAAAACAAAACAUGAGCAAAAUAUCCAGGAGCUAAUGAAGCACUUUAAGAAAGAAAAGAGUGAGGCUGAGAAUCAUAUUAGGACACUGAAGGCUGAAAGUUUAGAAGAUAAGAAUAUGGCUAAAGUCCAUCGUUGUCAGCUAGAGAAGUUGAAAUCACAGUAUGACGGAUUGACAGAGGAAUUAACCCAGAAUGAAAAUGAGAACAAAAAACUGAAGCAAAAGUAUCAGUGUUUGAAGGACCAACUAGAAGAAAAGGAAAAAUACAUAAGCAAAGAAGAAGAGCACUUAAGGAGGAUGGAAGAGGCCAGAUUGCAGCUCAAGGAUCAACUUCUUUGUUUGGAGACUGAACAAGAAUCCAUUCUUAGUGUGAUAGGAAAGGAAAUUGAUGCAGCUUGUAAAACCUUCUCCAGGGACUUGACAGAGAAAUUGAAAGUUUUUUCUUCUGGUUCUGACAUACAUUAUGACUCACAUCGCUGGUUAGCAGAAAACAAGACUAAACUUCAGUGGCUCUGUGAGGAACUGAAAGAGAGAGAAAACAGAGAGAAAAAUCUGCGACAUCAACUCUCGCUCUACAGGCAACAACUCAGGGAUCUUACUGAAAACAAGGAGACUGAGCUCCACUGUCUUUUUGAGCAGAUAGAAAGGCAGGAGCAGCUUCUGGAGGAAAUACAUCGGGAGAAGAGAGAUCUGCUGGAAGAGACCCAAAGAAAAGAUGAAGAAAUGGAAUCUCUGCAGGGCCGUGUAAUUGCUUUAGAAACGAGUACCCGAGUGGCCUUGGACCAUCUGGAGUCUGUGCCUGAGAAACUGAGCCUACUACAGGAUUUCAAAGACUUCAAAGAUACCCACAGUUCACCCCAGAGAAUUGAUGGGAGAUGUUCUAAAUACAGAGUUCAAAGAGAUUCUCUUCACCAUCACCAAGAUGACACCAAGUACAGAAACAGAAGUUUCAAAGAUGGUAGAACCUUUACCGAAGGUUCCCACACUCGUGAGUUAGAUCUCUCAUCCUCUUGGCUGGAUCAAAGCCGCUUCCUGUCUAGUCCACAAUUUUCACACUUGAACUCAUUUACCAAAAGAACUGUCACUUCAGAUUCAGCUUCAAUCAAGGAGGAUACCUCAAGUUGACCAAUGAAUGGAACAAGUCCACAGUCCAAACAAGAGGAAUAUGAGAGCUAAAAAAGCAAAAUCAGUUACUUUACAUGAGUGUUUUACAAAUAAUAACAUCUAGUCCUGCAGCCAUUUGGUCCAGAUCAUCUAACAGACAUACCUGCAGUUUUAGCUCUUCGAGAUUGCCAAGCAUCGCCUAAAAUGACAAUACAGUUGGUCUUUAUAAUUGAUAUUAGUUAAAUGAAUCCAAAUAAUAUCAGCUCGUGAAUGAUAUGCAGCUAAUUUAUUGGCAACUUAUACUAGCACAGGAAGAGUGAUAUUCAAGUAUAGUCAGCCACAUAUUCCUGACCAAAAUUUGGAUUUAUGAUUGAGGCCUUUCAAAAAUUACUGGCUAAAGGAAGAGGAAAAUGAGAUCCCCUUGAGGCAGAAGUUGCCAGCACUUUAGAUUCAGGGAGCAUUUGUAUACAAUUGAUUUUUUUUUUUAAUGCUUUCUCCCUAAUAAAUUAUCAUGUGUUAUAACAUGUCAUGGAGAUAUGCAUUUGUAAUAUUAGACAGUCCACAUUAUAAAUGCUCAGGAUUGUUACAUCCAUCAUCUCAGCAGUCUGUUACUACAUGCAGUAGUUUAGAAUUAUUUCCAAUCAUCCAUUUUUAAUAGCAAUAAAGAAUUUAUGAACAAUAUCUGAAUUGUAAAGCACUAUAAAGAAUUCAUAGCACAAUUUAUUUAUUUGCCUUUAGGUGGCCAAAUAUCCCCUUAUAAUGACUUUGGUCAUAAUCUGGACCAUCUUUGGUUUUCUAUGACCAAACUUCACAGCAACAAGCUCCUGUGCUCAGAGGAUUUGCUCUGCAAGAGUUCUUGUGUAAUUUGGUACUGUCUGCUGCCAGCAUCCCACCUUUUCUCAACAUCUCUGUGUUUUUAAGAACUUACUCCCUUUACAUGCUAAUCUACCAGUGGAGAAAGAUUUAUAUUAAAUGCUAAAGAAUGGUAAACUUCCAGGAACUAAAUCCUAUUGGGUCCAUUGUGGGAAGUUUCCAUGCGGAGACAAGGACAAUAAAGCAAUACCUUGGUAAUGUACAUUUUAUUUUGUGUUUGUCAAAGUAUAUUUGUUAAUUUUUUCACAUUUCAUAAAGGUGCUUCUGUUUACACUCAAGAUCUGUUUUCCUAACUUGCCAUAUUUGAAGGUACAGAAGAAAAA